CCGUCUCCCUCGAGGGAAAACAAACACUACAGGAUGUUUGUGGUCGACACAGUGGCACACAUCACACCAGAGUGGACUCAUGUUUCCGCUGCACAUGAUGCAGUUGGACUAUUUCAAAAGACACAGGCAUCUGAACUCACAGUCCUGGUUGAUUUUUAAAUCUGAGGCAAGGGUGCUUAAAGAGCUGGCGAGGCACCAACUCUCUGCGUCCGGUCAAGUGACCUGGACACACAUCACCAGGUUCACAAAGGAAGCAAAAAGAGUCAUCUCCCUCCUGUUUUGCACUUGCGUGUGUCGAAUCUUUGACCUCACGCAGCAGCUUUGUGUGCCCCUGCAGCUGCCCUGUGGUGAGGAACCAGCAGACUCUGAGCGUCCUGAGGAACGGCCAGGGUCCCGAGGCCAUGUUCAGGAUCCAAAUGUUCAAGUUCGUGGGCAGCUCGUACACCAACGUCUUCCUUCACUGCAAUGUUCAGAUUUGCCACAACGCUCCGGGACAGUGCCAGCCGAACUGUUCCAGUGAAGAGGGUCUGAUCCGGACACGGAGAGACGUCCCUCUGUCCCACACCGUCUCCUACGGACCGAUACGCCGGCUGCUCAGUGACAAAGCUAACCCCAAUGCUGGCCAGCUCCCCGCUGUGGAGACCUUUGUCCUGGCCGGCCUGCUGGUCAUCCUGCUGCUGAUCACGGCGGUGUUUGGGAGGUUGUGGGUUCGCUCCCGGCGUUUCUACCCGGCACGCGAGGCCCAGCUGACUCUGUCCAACAUCCACCACCUCUCUGAGGUGGCUUCAUGAGACACUUCAAUGACAGACAAACCAGGAGCUAUGCUGAAUAAAGAAUACUUUUCUUUGAACAUAUUUUCCUUAAAUGAUUGUCCAUAGUGUUUAUGUUGUCUUUGACGAUUUUGAAUUCUGAAAUUAAA